CAUUUAUUCCAUUACCAUGCACAGCUCCUUACAAAGCUUUAUUCACAUUUAAUAUUAUAAGUGAUAUGGUUUACCGUGCAGGUAAACACCACGGUGGUUGUAUACCCUCAUUGUCGGCAUUUUUGGGUAAGAUCAAGUGUAAUACAACGCCACCGGUGGUUGCUAGACAACAACCUGACAGGGUACGGGUAGUAGCCAUCACAAGGGAUAAGAAUUGGAUUUCAUUAUUCUAUAAGAAAAAGAAUUGAAAAAGUAAAUUCAGGGAAAAGAAAGAGAAGAGAAGAAAAGCGUGGGGACCCAUACUGUAGGCCGUGCUUCUUGUCUCACUUGCUAAAGCAAAGCUCAAAACAACGAAGAGAGCAGAGCAGCACCGUCAUUUGAAACACAAAACGACACACAUGUCCUUAUGGCUCUCCUCCAACACACUCUCCUCAUUUCACCCGCUUCACUCCUCUUCCUGCAUCAUUCCCUUCACCACUCUCUCUAGUCUCUGCGACUUCCCUCCAAUCUCUCUCUCUCUCUCUCUCUAUAUAUAUUCAUAGCUAAAAUAGACUGAUUAAGUUGAUAAAAAAAGAAAGGAAGAAAAAGAUGGGUUCACGGGUUCAGUCUCACCAGCUAAGCAAUGGGCUCAUAGUGUCGGGGAGGCCGGAGCAGCUGAAAGAAAGGCAGCCGUCAAUGCCGUUACGGGCAGUACCUUAUACAGGUGGUAACGUUAAAAAAUCCGGAGAGCUGGGCAAAAUGUUCGACAUCCCAGUGCUUGAUCAUUCCCCGUCCAGUGCUCCUCCUUCAAAUCCCAACUCAAACCCCAACUCCAAGCAGCAGCCACAGCUUUUGCAACCCUCACGCUUUUCCUCUUCUUCUCAGCCCAACAGUGGAUCCAUGCGAUCUGGGUCUAACUCGGGCCCGAUCCGGAAAUCUUCUGGGACUAUACCGCUUCAGCCCACUGGGCUCAUCACUUCAGGUCCCCUCAGCUCCGGUCCCAGCAGGUCGGAACAGCUCGGUCAGGCGGGGCAAUCUGGUGCCGUGUCGGGGAAAGCAGGGUAUGGGCCAGCAGUGACUAGUCUCGGGGAAGGGGUGGGAUUUGGGUUUAGACUGUCGAAGGCGGUGGUUUGGAUGGUGAUGGUGGUGGUGGCGAUGGGGUUGUUGGUGGGUGCGUUUCUGAUGGUAGCCAUCAAGAAGGUGGUGGUUCUUGGGGCUGUAGGUGCGUUGGUGGCACCCAUGGGGUUGGGAUUAGUUUGGAACUGUAUUUGGGGAAGGAAAGGCUUAUUUGGGUUCGUGAAGAGGUACCCAGAUGCUGAGCUUAGAGGUGCUGUUGAUGGCCAAUAUAUUAAAGUGACGGGGGUCGUCACCUGUGGCAGCAUUCCAUUGGAGUCAUCUUACCAGAGGGAGCCAAGAUGUGUUUAUGUUUCCACAGAGUUGUACGAGUAUAAAGGAUGGGGUGGGAAAUCUGCAAAUUCUAAGCAGCGUUGCUUCUCCUGGGGAUGUAAACAUUCUGAGAAAUUUGUUGCUGAUUUCUACAUAUCAGACUUCCAAUCUGGAUUAAGAGCACUAGUCAAAGCAGGCUAUGGAUCUAAGGUUGCUCCAAUGAUCAAACCUGCUACUGUACUUGAUGUAACAAAGGAAAACAGAGACUCGUUUCCAAGCCUUUUACGUUGGCUAGCAGAGCGCAAUCUCUCUAAUGAUGAUUGUAUAAUGCGCCUAAAAGAAGGUUGCAUAAAAGAAGGGAGCACCGUAAGUGUGAUGGGGGUUGUGCGGCGCCAUGAUAACGUGCUCAUGAUUGUUCCACCAUCAGAACCUAUCUCAACAGGGUGUCAAUGGAGCAGGUGCCUCCUCCCAACAUAUGUGGAAGGUCUUAUUUUGACAUGUGAUGAUACCCAGAAUGAUGAUGUUGUCCCAGUGUAAAUAUGUCGCGUUUCAUACAAGUUUCUUUUUGCAACUGGAUGUCAUAAUGUAAAUAGUGUUUAAGAAUGAAAGAAAGGUUCCAAAUA